AAUAUAUAACAUAAUAACAUGAACCUUAUUAAAUUAGUAUUAUUUUUAGAUUUUUAGAUUUCUAGAUUGUUUCUCUCUCUUUCUCUUUCUCUCUCACUCUCAAUCAAAUUUCUCUUGAAUCAAACACUGGCUAGGUUCAUCUGCAGUUUUUGCAUGAAAUUCUGUGUAGUUUCAGAAGAAACUGAAGAGUGAGAAUUGUGGUGUUGGAAUUGGAAUAGGAAUUGUGGAACGACGACGUAUGAUGGGAACAAUGGAGAGAUUACUGUCGGCUCUGGAAAAUGAGAAUCGAGGAGGAGAAUCAGUGUUGGGGUCAAUCAAAAUAGCGGUUUUGCCGAUAGUUAAAGUUUUCACUAUGUGUUUUUUAGGUCUUCUUAUGGCUUCUAAGUAUGUUAAUAUCUUGCCUGCUUCUGGAAGAAGGCUUUUGAAUGGGCUGGUUUUUUCAUUGUUGCUACCUUGUUUGAUAUUCUCUCAGUUAGGGCAAGCUGUUACUUUACAGAAGAUGCUUGACUGGUGGUUUAUUCCAAUGAAUGUUGUCUUGAGUUCAAUUUCAGGCUCGGUAAUUGGUUUUAUAGUUGCCUCAAUUGUUCGUCCACCAUACCCUUUCUUCAAGUUCACCAUUAUCCAUAUUGGAAUCGGGAAUAUUGGGAAUGUGCCUCUUGUCCUGAUUGGUGCUUUAUGUCGUGACCCAAAUAAUCCCUUCGGAGAUUCUCUUAAAUGUAGCACAGAUGGAACUGCCUAUAUUUCAUUCGGCCAAUGGGUUGGUGCUAUCAUCCUGUACACUUACGUAUUCAAUAUGUUGGCACCUCCUCCAGAGGGGACUUUUGACAUCGAUCAUGAAAGGCUUCCCCUAAAGAACAGUACUCCAAAGAGUGACGGUCCACCGGAAGAAGCACCAUUGAUUGCUCAGGAGGAGGAGGAGGAAAAUAAUUUAGCAGGUUCAAGCAAUUCAGGGAAGUCAAAGAUUAAACUUAUAUUAGCACUCAUAUACGACAAGUUGAAGCUUAAGCAAAUUCUUCAACCCCCUAUCAUUGCAUCAAUUCUAGCCAUGACACUUGGUGCAGUCCCAUUUCUGAAGAAACUGAUCCUUACGCCCGAUGCUCCACUAUUCUUCUUCACCGACAGUUGCAUGAUUCUUGGGGAGGCCAUGAUUCCUUGCAUUCUGUUGGCCUUAGGAGGCAACCUUAUCGACGGACCUGGAAGUUCGAAACUUGGUUUUCGAACAACUGCUGCUAUUGUUUUUGCGCGGUUAGUUUUAGUGCCUCCUGUUGGACUUGGAAUUGUAAUGUUGGCUGACAAGCUCGGCUUUCUUCCCCCCAAUGAUAAGAUGUUUCGAUUUGUUCUACUACUUCAGCAUUCAAUGCCAACAUCUGUCCUUUCAGGUGCUGUUGCUAAUUUAAGAGGGUGUGGAAGAGAGGCAGCUGCUGUUUUAUUCUGGGUCCAUAUCUUUGCUGUAAUAUCAAUGGCUGGAUGGAUUGUUCUAUACCUUAGCAUACUCUUCUGAGACUCUGCAUAUAAAUAGAUAUCAUGUUUAUUAUGCAAUAAUAUUGUAGUUUAAUACCAUAAAUUUUUUUCAUUUGAAAGUUAGAUUAGUGGAGAAAAUCUUAUA